AUGGCUACAUUCGCCACUGACAAAGAACUCAAUGCAAGCACUCAUUAUGAUGUACAUUUGGGUGUAAGCAGCUUUUCGGCCAUCUCUGGUGUCGAAGAUCGCGACAUUAAGCCUGCGACCGCCACGACGGAUAUUUUUGGCCGUUUUCAAUCUCUAAAGACACUGUUACACCCUAAUCUCUGCGAGUAUGUGGAAAUUGUGAAAGGAAAACAUGAUCGAUUGUUCGUUGUAUUCGAAUAUCAUUCGAAUCAUCUUGGCAAAUUGUAUCAACGCGGUGAAGAUGGUAACAUUCAAGUAUCGAGUGUCGCGAUACCGAUGUUACGCGAAUGGGCAUUCCAGAUCCUUAAGGCUCUUGCAUAUCUGAAUAAAAAUGUCAUCACACAUCAUAAUUUGGCUCCAAACAAUAUUCUCCUGGAUUCUGAGGGAAAAGUAAAAUUGUCAGAUUACGGACUAUAUUACAUGUCGAAAGGUGGUGCAAAUGUAGACUUUCCAAUAGGUUAUCCGCAUUACCUCCCUCCCGAGGCGGUUUAUCGCUCAGCCGAUAAACCUGAAACAACCGGAAAGGUGGAUGUGUGGUCGCUUGGUAUAAUAUUAGCAGAGAUUUACACCGGAAAUCUAUUUUGGCAAGGAAACGACAAAGAUAUUGACAAAAUUUUUUCCGCAUUAUGGCAACUUCAAAUGGAAGAUGAUGUGGAAGUUUGGGAACGCUUUUAUAUAUAUGAAUUGGGUAUAAGUGAUGCUAUAUUGGAAUUUCUCCAAGGGACGGAUGAUGAUGACUACUUGGAGUUCCGAAAAUUUGUUCGAGCGUGCUUAGAAGUUAAUGUGUCCGAUAGGUAUUCACCAGAGCAGUUGUUAUCUCACCCAUUCUUUUCAUCAAUAUAUGAACAUGGACUUAGCAACCAUCACAAAUAUUGGUGGGUUAAGCCUUUUUUGCAAUCUCAAAAGUUGGAGCUGGAUGAUGAUGAUUUUCUGGAAUCACAAGAAGAAUCUCAUAACAAAGAUGUGCUUGAUGGGAUCCCGUUAUCUCAAAUUUACUACUUCUGGAAGCUAGCUGGUGGCGACGUAGAAACUGAAUUGGCUAAAAGAGGAUAUCUUCUGAGUACACCACCAAUUGAACGAAUACCAAGGGCGGUGAAGGUGCAUGAUGGCAAAGAAGAAGGGACAAUAAAUGAUACAGCCUUUUUGUAUUCUGACACCAACUAUAGUUUGUCCCUAAAGGAACUUCGGCAGAGACUGGAGAUGUCUACUGGUCCAAACAGAGAAACAUUUGAAUGGGACACAGAUUAUUUUCACGACGGUGAUGAAGAUGACAUGAAUUUUCUAGCAGAUGAGGUGUCAGAUGAGGAUAGUUCCAAUUCGGAAGACGUAUUACCCGAGAAAUAUUUGUUCCCAGAUUUUAUCAAUAAAUCAGGCUCAACAACGAAUGGAACGACACAACCAUCUAAUAAUGUGAAGUUGCCGUUGCUUAUACGGGAGAAAGAUGUUGGAUACCAAUUUCAAAGAGUUGCGCUGUUUACCGAAUUACUUAGAGAAUAUCCAAGUUCACGUGAUGAAAUUAUUCAUCAUGCCAAAGUUGAUAUACCACCUUUCUUGCGUGGGAAAAUUUGGGCGGCCAUUCUUGGAGUCAAAGGCGAUUAUCAAGCCGUUUAUGACUCCUAUGAUAAGGAGACUGAAAAAGAAACAGACCGCCAGAUCGAUGUCGAUGUUCCUAGGUGUCAUCAAUACCAUCAGUUACUUUCAUCUCCGAUCGGGCACGAAAAGCUGAGGAGGCUUUUAAAAUGUUUUGUGGCAGCGAAUGAUAAGUUGGUUUAUUGGCAGGGAUUGGACUCUCUCAGCGCACCCUUUCUAACCCUCAAUUUCAACGAUGAGGCACUGGCUUUUAAUUGUUUGCACACAUUCAUUCCAAAGUUCCAUGGAAACUUCUUUCUAUACGACAAUACUCAAGUCAUUCAAGAAUACCUUGCAGUGUUUCGGCAUCUUCUAUCGUUUCACGACCCAGAGUUGUCUAGCCAUCUCAAUAAGAUUGGUUAUCAACCGGAUCUAUAUGCCAUUCCUUGGAUCUUGACAUUGUUUACUCAUGUAUUCCCAUUAGACAAGACAUACCAUCUCUGGGAUAAAAUUCUUGUUGGCCCUCCCUCUUUACCCUUAUUUGCUGGCAUCUCAAUAUUGCGACAACUCCGAGAUGUACUCAUAAAAUCUGAAUUUAACGAUUGCAUUAUGAUUUUCUCCGAAUCUUUUCCGGAUGUUGAUAUUGAAAAAUGCAUUCAAUCAGCUUUAUCGAUGUUUAAAGUCACACCUCCUUCCGUGAUCUAUCGCGUACAUGAAACACAUUCGACAUCUGAUGGGCCUUCCGAUUAUGAAAACCAGGAUCAUCAAAUUCAACGUUGGUGGGAACAACCCACGCCUGUUGAAACGAAAAAAAUUGAAUUGGCACCAAGAAUAUCACUCAAAGACUUGGUCAGGCUGCGAAGCUAUGCGUUGGUGAUUGACACGAGAAGUGAACAGGAAUUCGCGAGAGGUCACUUUCCAUUAUCGGUGAACAUGAACCCGGCACACUUGGAACAACUGUCGCAGAUAUUAUGGCAAGAGAAAAAAAAAUAUCAUGUGGUGGUCGGCAAGCGGGGAGACUCUGGACCUCAGUUUGCCGCUGAUUUGGUUAAUGCUAGUUUCCCUCGAGUGGCAGUUCUGACGGGAGGAAUUGAUGUCAUGAGGGUAGAUGCCGAGGAAGGUGUUGUCGUUUGUGCAUGCCGUCCGAUCAAAUUAUCGGUCGCAAAGAGUAAAGAUGGUCCAAUCGCUUAUUGGAGAUGUGAACAAAACUUGAUGAAACAACCAUAG